CUACCACCUCAGAAAAUCCUGAUAUGAUUUUAUCGGCUUCUCGCGAUAAAACAAUUAUCGUCUGGGCCUUAUCUCGCGAUGAUGCUAAUUACGGCGUUCCACGUAAGGUGCUCACUGGUCACAAUCAUUUCGUGCAAGAUGUAGUCAUUUCGUCGGAUGGUCAGUUUGCGUUAUCCGCCUCCUGGGAUAAAACUCUACGCCUUUGGGAUUUGAACACGGGCACAACUACUCGCCGAUUCGUGGGUCACGAAAAAGAUGUACUCUCUGUAUCGUUUUCGCCUGAUAAUCGUCAAAUCGUGUCAGGAUCAAGAGACAAGACUAUUAAAUUAUGGAAUACGCUUGGUGAAUGCAAAUAUAAUAUUCAAGAGGAAGGCCAUUCUGAUUGGGUUUCUUGUGUGAGAUUUUCACCUAACCCCUCAAACCCUGUGAUUGUAUCAUGUGGUUGGGAUUAUCUUGUUAAGGUUUGGGAGCUCACCAAAUGCAAACUUCGAACUAACCAUAUUGGACACUCGGGCUAUAUUAACACAGUCACUAUUUCUCCCGAUGGUUCACUUUGUGCAUCUGGCGGAAAGGACUGUAUCACCAUGUUGUGGGAUCUUAAUGAGGGUAAACACUUGUAUUCAUUAGAAGCCGGUAAUCCUAUCAAUGCGUUAGUGUUCAGUCCCAAUCGUUAUUGGUUGUGUGCUGCCACCGCAUCUUUUAUCAAGAUCUGGGAUCUCGAGACAAAGACCGUUGUCGAUGACCUUAAACCCGAAUUCACAGAUACAGGUAGACAUUCGAAGGAUCCAGAAUGUAUCUCUCUCGCAUGGUCGCCAGAUGGUACGACCUUGUUCGCUGGUUAUACAGACAACAAAAUUCGCAUCUGGCAA